AUGCCACAAAUUUUAAUACUUCUUUUUCUUGGAUUGGCGGCACAAACUCUCUGUUCCCUGCCUGAAACUGCAGAGCAGGCAAAAAGAUGUGAUAAGAAGUCUCUCCUUACAAUUAGGACUGAGUGCCAAUCCUGCUCACUCAACUUUGGAAUGAAAUGCCCAGACGGUUACACCAAGGUUACCAAUGGCACCGUGGGGAUCCGAGAUUGCAGGUACACCUUUGAGGUCAGAACAUACUCGCUGUCUCUCCCUGGAUGCCGCCAUAUCUGUAGGAAGAACUAUCUGCAGCCUCAGUGCUGUCCAGGCCACUGGGGCCCAGACUGCAUGGAGUGCCCGGGAGGAGCGAGGGCGCCCUGCAGUGGCCGGGGCAGUUGUGCUGACGGCAUGGAAGGAAACGGAAGCUGCUCCUGCCAAGAAGGAUUUGGCGGAACAGCCUGUGAAACCUGCACUGAUGACAACGUAUUUGGACCCAGCUGUUCAGCAAUGUGCAGCUGUGUGCAUGGAGUAUGCAACAGUGGAAUACGUGGCGAUGGGACCUGUGAGUGCUACUCUGGGUACACUGGCCCCAACUGCGACAAGCCCAUCCCAGAAUGUGCAGCCUUGCUCUGCCCAGAAAAUUCCAGAUGCUCACCUUCCAGCGAAAAUGAAACGAAACUAGAAUGCAAAUGCAUCCCCGGUUACAAAGGCAAUGGCAGACACUGCGAGCCCAUCAACCCAUGUUCACAAAAUAUCUGCCACCCUCACGCUCGGUGCACCUACCUAGGACCAAAUCAGCACAGUUGCACGUGCCAAGAAGGCUACCACGGGGACGGCCAGGUGUGCUUACCAGUGGACCCCUGCCAAGUUAACUUUGGAAACUGCCCUACAGAGUCCACGGUGUGCAGAUAUGAUGGGCCCGGACAGGCUCACUGCGAGUGUGCGGAACACUACCGCAAUUUUGUCCCUGGAGUGGGGUGCAGCGUGACCGACGUCUGUGAGUCUAAGAACCCCUGCCACAGGGAUGCGAACUGCAGCACCAUCGCGCCAGGUCACACCAAAUGCACUUGCCGCAAAGGUUACGUUGGUGAUGGCUCGACGUGUUAUGGAAACAUCAUGGAGCGACUCAGAGAAUUAAACACUGAACCCAGAGGAAAAUGGCAAGGAAGGCUGACCUCUUUCAUCUCACUCCUGGACAAAGCCUAUGCUUGGCCACUGAGUAACCUGGGACCAUUUACCGUGCUGUUGCCGACAGACAAGGGAUUAAAAGGAUUCAAUGUAACAGAGCUUUUGCUGAAUAACGAAGCUGCUCAGUACUUUGUGAAACUCCACAUGAUUGCUGGGCAGAUGAGCACGGAGCAAAUGAAUAACACAGACACAUUCUAUACUUUGACCGGAAAGUCAGGGGAAAUCUUCAGUGGUGAUAAGGACAGUCACCUGAAGCUUAAACUCUAUGGAGGCAAAAAGAAGGUAAAAAUUAUACAAGGGAACAUAAUUGCUUCCAACGGGCUCCUGCACAUCCUCGACAGAGCCAUGGACAAGGUGGCGCCCACGUUUGAGAGCAAUAUUGAGCAAACCAUAAUGACAAUGCUACAACCAAGAUACAGCAAGUUCAGAUCUUUGUUAGAGGAAACCAGUGUGGGACAUGUCUUAGAUGAGGAUGGGAUUGGUGGACCAUAUACCGUUUUUGUUCCAAGUGAUGAAGCAUUGAAUAACAUGAAGGAUGGCACUCUCGAUUAUCUCCUUUCUUCAGAGGGAUCUCGGAAGCUUCUGGAACUCGUCAGAUACCAUAUUGUCCCUUUUACCCAGCUAGAAGUGGCUGCCCUCAUUUCGACCCCUCACAUUAGGAGCAUGGCCAACCAGAUCAUACGGUUUAACACAACCAGCAACGGACAGAUUCUGGCAAAUGAUGUGGCAAUGGAAGAAAUGGAGGUCGUUGCCAAAAACGGCCGGAUUUACACCCUGACUGGGGUCCUCAUUCCUCCCUCCAUCGCGCCAGUCCUGCCCCACCGAUGUGACGAGACAAAGAGAGAGAUGAAACUGGGCACUUGUGUGAGCUGUUCCCUGGUGUAUUGGAGCAAAUGCCCUGCCGACUCUGAGCCCACAACACUCUUCAUACGCAAAUGUGUCUACACUGGCCGAAUCAGGAGCCUGAAGAACGGCUGUGCCAGAUACUGUAAUGCCACCGUGAAGAUACCAAAGUGCUGCAACGGCUUCUACGGGCCCGACUGCAACCAGUGUCCAGGAGGCUUCUCGAAUCCAUGCUCCGGGAAUGGGCAGUGUGCCGACGGCCUCAAUGGCAAUGGGACAUGCAUUUGCCAGGAUGGCUUCCAGGGCUCCCAGUGUCAGUUCUGCUCGGACCCCAAUAAAUACGGACCUCGCUGUGACAGAAGGUGUCUGUGCGGUUUCGGAACGUGUGACAACAGAAUUGACAGUGACGGCGCCUGUCUCCCCGGCACCUGCAGGGACGGCUCCGCCGGGAGAUUCUGCCACAAGCAGACCUCAGCCUGUGGGCCCUACGUGCAGUUCUGUCACAUCCACGCGACCUGCGAAUACAGCAAUGGGACGGCAAGCUGUGUUUGCAAAGCAGGGUAUGAAGGGGACGGAAGCCUCUGUUCAGAGAUGGACCCUUGUUCGGGAUUAACCCGAGGGGGCUGCGGCCGCAAUGCCGAAUGCAUCAGAACUGGCAGGGGAACCCACAUCUGCGUAUGCCAUCAGGGAUGGACGGGGGACGGAAGGGAUUGCUCAGAGAUCAACACCUGCCUGCUGCCCAGUGCUGGUGGCUGCCACCACAACGCAACCUGUUUGUACAUCGGCCCCGGGCAGAAUGAGUGUGAGUGCAAGAAAGGAUUUCGAGGCAAUGGGAUUGACUGUGAACCAGUAACUUCAUGCUUGGAACAAACUGGGAAAUGUCAUCCACUGGCAACCUGUCAGUUUACUUCUUCUGGUGUCUGGAGUUGUGUUUGCCAAGAGGGCUACGAAGGAGAUGGCCUUCUCUGCUAUGGAAACGCUGCAGUGGAAUUGUCCUUUCUCUCUGCAGCAGCUAUAUUUAACCAGUGGAUAAAUAAUGCCUCCCUGCAACCCAUGCUGUCAUCCGCCUCAAACCUCACCAUCCUCGUGCCUUCCCAGCAAGCUAUUGAGGACAUGGACCAAGAUGAGAAAGCCUUUUGGUUGACCAAGAGCAAUAUUCCCACCCUCAUAAAGUACCAUACGCUACUGGGCACGUAUGGAGUGGCCGAUCUGCAGGGCCUGUCACCUUCUGACACGCUGGCAACGUCUUUGCAGGGCAACUUCCUCCACCUGGCGAAGGCGGAUGGGAAUAUCACAAUCGAAGGAGCGUGCGUCAUUGAUGGUGACAACGCAGCCACAAAUGGAGUGAUACACAUCAUCAACAAGGUUCUGGUUCCCCAAAGAGGUCUAACUGGCUCCUUACCAAACCUACUCACCCGGCUGGACCAGAUGCCUGACUAUUCCAUCUUCCGGGGCUACAUCAUUCAAUAUAAUCUGGCAAGUUCGAUCGAGGCUGCUGACACUUACACGGUGUUUGCUCCAAACAACGACGCCAUUGAGAGUUACAUCCGGGAGAAGAAGGUCACAACUCUGGAGGAGGACGUACUCAAGUAUCACGUGGUCUUGGAGGAGAAACUGCUGAAGAAUGACUUGCACAACGGCAUGCACCGGGAGACCAUGCUGGGCUUCUCCUACCUCCUUGGCUUCUUCCUCCGCAAUGACCAGCUCUAUGUAAAUGAGGCUCCGAUAAACUACACCAAUGUAGCCACUGACAAGGGAGUGAUCCAUGGCUUGGGGAAAGUUCUGGAAAUUCAGAAGAAUAGAUGUGAUGUUAAUGACACUACUAUCCUACGAGGAAAGUGUGGGAAGUGUCCCCAGCAGCCGAUCUGCCCGUUUGGAACUAAACCACUAGGUGCAGAGACGAAGAAAUGUCUCUAUACCAUUUAUUUCAUGGGCAAGCGAUCCCUGUUCAUUGGGUGCCAGCCAAAGUGUGUGAAAACUGUCAUUACCAAAGAAUGCUGUGCGGGCUACUUUGGCCCCCAGUGUCAGCCCUGCCCAGGAAAAGCCGAGAACGUCUGCUUUGGGAACGGGAUCUGUUUGGACGGAGUCAACGGCACGGGCAUGUGUGUGUGUGGAGAGGGCUUCAGCGGGACAGCCUGUGAGACCUGCACGGAGGGCAAGUACGGCAUCCACUGCGACCAAGCGUGUACUUGUGUCCACGGGAGAUGCGAUCAAGGACCCGCGGGUGACGGCUCCUGCGACUGCGAUGUGGGCUUGCGAGGAGUGAAAUGCGACGAUGAGAUCACGAAAGAUGAAUGCAAUGGGACCUGCCACACCAGUGCCAACUGCCUUCUCGAUCCGGAUGGCACCGCCUCAUGCAAAUGCGCAGCAGGGUUCCAAGGGAACGGGACGGUCUGCACAGCAAUCAACGCCUGUGAGAUCAGCAAUGGAGGUUGUUCGGGCAGGGCUAUCUGUAAAAGAACCACCCCAGGAAGCCGGGUGUGUGUGUGCAAGGCAGGCUAUACUGGCGACGGCAUCGUGUGCAUAGAGAUCAACCCAUGCUUGGAGAACCACGGUGGCUGUCACCAGCACGCAGAGUGCACGCAAACAGGACCCAACCAGGCCGCCUGUAACUGUUUGUCGAAAUACACUGGAGAUGGGAAGGUCUGCACACUCAUCAACGUCUGCUUAACCAAAAAUGGCGGCUGUAGUGAAUUUGCUCUCUGCAAUCACACCGGAGAAGACGAAAGGACUUGUACUUGCAAACCUAACUACAUUGGGGAUGGGUUUACCUGCCGUGGCAACAUCCAUCAGGAGCUUCCCAAGAACCCCAAAACAUCCCAGUAUUACUUCCAGUUGCUGGAGCAUUCUGUACGAGACCUGGUUGGUCCUGGCCCCUUCACUGUUCUGGCACCUUUAUCUGCGGCCUUUGACGAGGAACCCCAGAUUAAAGACUGGGACAAACAGGGCCUGAUGCCCCAGGUUCUUCGGUAUCAUGUGAUCGCCUGCCACCAGCUGCUUCUGGAAAACCUGAAAUUGACCCCAAAUGCUACUUCCCUCCAAGGGGAGUCAAUUGUCAUCUCCGUCUCUCAGGACACAGUGUUGAUAAAUAAUAAAGCUAAGAUCAUAGCCAGUGAUAUCAUCAGUACCAACGGAAUCAUCCACAUCAUAGACAAAUUGCUAUCUCCCCAAAACUUGCUUAUCACCCCUAAAGAUGCCUUUGGAAGGAUUCUGCAAAAUCUUACAACAGUGGCAAUAAACCAUGGCUACAUCAAAUUUAGCAACUUGAUACAGGACUCAGGCUUGCUGAGUAUCAUCACUGACCCUAUCCACACCCCGGUCACCCUCUUCUGGCCCAGCGACCAAGCCCUCCAAGCCCUGCCCCCUGAACAGCAGGAUUUCCUGUUCAACCAAGACAACAAGGACAAGUUGAAGGAGUAUUUGAAGUUCCACGUGAUCCGAGAUUCCAAGGUUUUGGCAGUGGAUCUCCCCAGGUCUGCUACCUGGAAGACCCUGCAAGGUUCCGAGCUGAGUGUGAAGUGCGGAGCUGGCAGUGACAUCGGCGAGCUCUUCCUGAACGGCCAAAUGUGCAGAAUUGUGCAGCGCGAGCUCUUAUUUGACCUGGGCGUGGCCUACGGCAUCGACUGUCUGCUGAUCGACCCCACCCUGGGGGGCCGCUGUGACACUUUUACCACUUUCGAUGUCUCGGGGAAUUGUGGGAGCUGUGUUCAUACUCCCAGCUGCCCCAGGUGGACUAAACCAAAGGGUGAGAAGCGGAAGUGUCUGUACGACUUGCCCUUCAGGAGGAACCUGGAAGGCUGCAAGCAGCAGUGCACCCUGGUGAUACAGCUCCCCAAGUGCUGCAAGGGCUACUUCUGGCCAGACUGUCAGGCCUGCCCUGGAGGACCAGAUACCCCAUGUAACAACCGGGGUGUCUGCCUCGAUCAGUACUCACCCGCGGGACAGUGUAAAUGCAACACCGGCUUCAACGGGACAGCGUGUGAGCUGUGCUGGCCAGGGAGAUUCGGGCCUGAUUGUCAGCCCUGUGGCUGCUCGGACCACGGACAGUGCAUCGACGGGAUCACGGGCUCCGGGCAGUGCGUCUGUGAAACGGGGUGGACGGGCCGCUUCUGUGACACUCAGACAGUUUCGCCCCUCGUGUGCAUGCCUCCGUGUUCUGCUCGGGCCACCUGUAAGGAGAACAACACGUGUGAGUGUAACCUGAAUUAUGAAGGGGACGGAAUAACGUGUACAGUUGUGGAUUUCUGCAAACAGAACAACGGGGGGUGUGCAAAGGUCGCCAAGUGCUCCCAGAAGGGCACGAAGGUCUCCUGCAGCUGUCAGAAGGGCUACCAGGGGGAUGGCCACAGCUGCACGGAGAUAGACCCCUGUGCGGACGGCCUCAAUGGCGGGUGUCAUGAGCAUGCCACCUGCCAGAUGACCGGCCCGGGCAAGCACAAGUGUGAAUGUAAACGUCAUUACGUGGGAGACGGGCUGGACUGUGAACUGGAGCAGCUGCCCAUCGACCGCUGCCUGCAGGACAAUGGGCAGUGCCAUGCCGACGCCAACUGUGCUGACCUCCAUUUCCAAGAUACCACCGUUGGAGUGUUCCAUCUACGCUCCCCGCUGGGCCAGUACAAGCUGACCUUUGACAAAGCCAGAGAGGCCUGUACCAAGGAAGCUGCAACCAUGGCAACCUACAACCAGCUCGCCUACGCCCAGAAGGCCAAGUACCACCUCUGUUCAGCAGGCUGGCUGGACAGUGGGCGAGUAGCCUACCCCACAUCCUACUCCUCCCAGAACUGUGGCUCUGGUAUCAUUGGGAUAGUGGACUACGGAACAAGAAACAACAAGAGUGAAAUGUGGGAUGUCUUCUGCUACCGGAUGAAAGAUGUGAACUGCACCUGCAAGGUAGGCUACGUGGGAGAUGGCUUCUCGUGCAGUGGAAAUCUGUUGCAGGUCCUGAUGUCCUUCCCCUCGCUCACAAACUUCCUGACGGAGGUGCUGGCCUAUUCCAACAGCUCAGCCAGAGGCCGGGCAUUUCUGAAACACCUGACUGACCUGUCGAUCCGAAGCACCCUCUUUGUGCCACAGAACAGUGGGCUGGGGGAAAAUGAGACUCUGUCUGGGCAGGACAUCGAGCACCAUCUCGCCAACGUCAGCAUCUUUUUUUACAAUGACCUUGUCAACGGUACCAUCCUGCACACUAGGCUGGGACGCCAGCUGCUCAUCACCUCCAGCCAGGACCAGCAUCAACUGGAGACCAGGUUCGUUGAUGGAAGAGCCAUUCUGCAGUGGGACAUCUUUGCCUCCAAUGGGAUUAUUCAUGUCAUUUCCAGGCCUUUAAAAGCACCUCCCACCCCAGGGACUUCACGCCACGCUGGCUUGGGAACGGGGAUGUUCUUUGCCAUCAUCCUGGUCAUUGGAGCCAUCGCUUUGGCUGCAUAUUCUUACUUUCGGUUAAACCGGAGAACAAUUGGCUUUCAGCAUUUUGAGUCGGAAGAGGAUAUCGACGUGGCAGCUCUCAGCAAGCAGCAGCCCGAGAAUAUCUCGAACCCCCUGUACGAGAACACAGCCUCAGCAACGCCAGAACCUUCCUACGACCCCUUCAUGGGCCCUGAAGGCCGGCAGCUGGACAGCACUGACCCCCUGGGGGCGCUGUGAGGGCCGGGCCUGCCCCAGCCAGACAUCGCCCGCCGCCACCUGGGCCCCCGGCGCUGCCUCAGAAAGGCCGUCAACUGUGAAUCCUCAGCCCCAGUGGCCUGUGGGAAAUGUAAGGUCCUUUGACAUUUCAAAGUAUGAAACACUCAAGCCGUACCUCAUCUCUUUGGUUGAUCUGGGGGAUUAUUCUGUUUCCUUGGGUGAGGGACCAUAUGUUAAAUCCACCCACCAACCCACGGAGGCUGCUCCCUCCCUGACUCCCUUCUGUCCUUCCCGUGUACCUUUAGUGGCCAACACUCUAGUGACCUUGUCUUAUUUCCCUAUUAGACUGUAAGCUCCCAAAGGCAGGGACCUCCCUCGUUCGUCUUUAUAUCUCAGCACCCAGCACAGUGUCUGGCACGUGAAAUGUGCUGACGUACUGGUUACAGAAUAGAAAUAAAGUCAGUGGAACAAAUCCAGUGUUUUGGGAAAAAAAAAACGACUGUUCGCCACAGGAGGGGGUGAAACUUUGAAGGUAAAACCAACUUGCUUGGGCUUCUUAGGGCCUUUUCAACUAGCCAACAUCUGCCUUAUGAACGCUUCUUUCUUAAUUCUGUUUUGUUUGCUUGUGUGAAGAAGACAUGAGAACCACACUGAGAUACCACCUCACACCCACUAGGAUGGCCAUCCUCAAAACCACAGACAAUAACAAUUAUUGGCGAGGAUGUGGAGAAAUUGGAUCCCUCCUAAUUUGCUGGUGGGAAUGUAAAAUGGUGCCCCCACUGUGGAAGACAGUUUGGCAGUUCCUCAAAAAGUUAAACACGGAAUUACCGUGUGAUCCAGAAAUUCCACUUCUAGGUGGAGACCCAAGAGAAAUUAAAACAUGUCCACACAACAAAUUACAGAGGUAGGUACAUAGCAGCAUUAUUCAUAACAGCCAAAACGUGGAAACAACCCAAACGUCUACCAGCUUAUGCAUGGUUAACCAGUGUGUCUAGCCACACCGUGAAAUAGCAUUUCACCCUAAAAGGGAACUAAGUGCUGAUACAUGCAACACCACGGAUGAACCUUGAAAACAUGAUGCUCAGUGAAAGAAACCAGACACAAAAGACCACACGCCGCAUGAUUCUAUCUACAUGGAAAUGUCCAGAAUCGGCAAAUUCAUAGAGACAGAAAGGUGAGUGAGUGGUUGCCAGCUAGGGACUGGGGUAACCGCUAAGAGGUACGGGGUGUCUUCUGGGGGUAUGAAAAUGUUCUGGAAUCUUACACAAGUGAUGUGUAGGCUCAGGCUAGUUCUUCACCGUGCAGGACUCUGCAAGGCAGGAUGUCCACCACACCCUCAAAAGGCCCAAAGUGGCCUCUCCAUCACUGUGACAACCGGGCACCCUCCAGCCCACCCACCACCCAUUUCCAAGCUGUCCCUGGGGGUAGCACUGGCCAUGCUCAGGAGCCACCGCUGGGGAUGGAGAAGCGAAAGGGCGGGCUGAGCAGACCUCAGACUCUCCUCUCCGUCGCCCUCACAACCCAAACGACUUUGUUCCACAUCGUCAGGGUUUUUGCUGAGCCAAGUCCAAAGUCCAGAAGCCCCAGAGUCUCAGAAGCUUUCUCACAACACUAGGAAAGGGAAGAAGCCCCCGUGGCAGGCACAGGAA